CCUUCGCUCGCGAGGCCGACCUGAUCUUGGCUGCGAACUUGGACCUACGCAAGCCCAGUUGUGCUCCCUUCCAAGCACCGACCCAUUACACCAGAGAUUGGCAGGCGGCGAAAGACGAAUUGGUCCUUGGCAAACAGUGCCCACAGCUUCAGUCCUUGAUCGAAGCCAUGCGGGAAAGGACUUGGGCGACGCGGGUUCUGACUGCAAUCUACCGGAUUCCCAUCGAACUCCCGGGCAUGCUGACUUCUGCUGCAACUGAGAACUUUGGCAGGCUCACCCUCCUACGAUUCCUUCUUGCCGUCAUUGUCACGGGCGCCCAGGCCAAGAAGGCGGAGGAUGCAGAACCCAAGAAGCCACCAACCAAGGCCCUAGAGCUGAGUGAUAGCGAGUCGUCCGGUGAUGACGAUGAUGAUGACAGUCCCCCGACCUUCGAGUGGACCACCAUCAUCAAAAAGUCUUUGGUUGCUUCCACUCCAAAACCUGUGGAGGACAAGAAAACGUCCCUCCUCACGGCACCCAAGUUGCCCGAGGACGACGAUGCCUGGAUCGACCAGCUUGCCCAGAUGGACCUCACCAACGACAGACCAAGCCCUCUCUUUGUCAUGAUCCUACCAGCCAAGGAAGAUGGAUGCUACUUCGUGGUGGUUCGCCAGCGCUAUCUCCCCCUUGCGAUGAACGUGCUCGACAACCUGCCGUCCUUUCUCCAGUUUCACCUUGGUGAGUCUUCAUUCCCCAAUUUCAUUCGAGUUAUCAAGAACUGGUCCGCUACCGAUCUCGCCUACCAGAAUCGCAAGCUUCAUGUUGAAUGGGUGCCGUCGGAGCUACGCUCCCGCUGUAUUGACGAUCCCACCGACGAUCAAGGUCCUCAAGUCCGUGAUCCCAUGGACUUCCUUCUCUGCAUGGAAGACCCCGUGGAGAUUCUUGAGGGCACUCUCCACA